CUUACACACUGCCCUCUGCGCGCGAGCCAACGCCCACUGCGAUACCUGCUGUGAUGCUUCUACAUUGAUCCAUCUAAUCUCGCGAAGAUUUCAUAGACUAUCCUUGCGGCUCUGACUUCUGUGCUAUCUGCGAACACCUCUGACACGACGGCGCGCUAUCUCCCUCUGGCAACUUCAACCAUCGCACAGUCUACAUCGGAUGGGAGUCCAGGACGACCAGAGCAGGCCGUCUGCUCGCCAAAUCUUUGAGGAGACACUCUCCGGCGCGCGCCCAAGGCCGUUCAUCCCACAUCUCCGUUCGGACCCGGCAUCGUACCAGCCUAUACCCCACAGUCUUCGAGAGUUUCGCGAGCAGGAGGGCGCAGAGCACCGGCGGAAGCGACUGCGUGCACUGUGGGCGAAGCUCCCGAAGAGGGACAACGCGCCGGCGAUUGAUGACGAGACCGUCGCGCGGGCGUACCCCGUCAAGCGGGACGAGGACUUGACGGCGGAUAGCGCGCGGCAGCUGGGCGAGAUGUACGAGGACGAGCUGCUCGGACGGUGCGGGGUUCACAGUCAGGGCCCGUUCUCGCGACGCGUGUCAUGGCCUGAAUUCGAGAAGUACGCGGAUGCGAAAGAGACUGAGCUAUGGCAUAUCUUUCAUGAUGAACUAGACCUGGACGGGAACGGGCAUCUCGACGCGGAAGAACUGCAGCUCGCAUUGCAGAAGGCUGGCAUAGCGCUAGCCCCUUCGACGCUUUCCGAAUUCAUCACGUUCCUCACCUCUUCCCCGCACUCCCACGCGAUAAACUUCGAAGAGUUCCGAGACUUCCUGCUGCUCAUGCCCCGGAAAGCAUCGCCCGAAGAGAUCUUCAGGUACUAUGAGGUCCGAAAAUUCAUGGGCGAUGAUGGGCGAGGUGCUGCGCGCGUCACCAUGGAAGGCGAUGUUAGUCUCAGCGCAGAGGAUCUCGCGUUAGGGGGACCAGUGCACUCCGCCGCUUCCCCGAGGGACGUGCAACCAUUACUCGUAGAUCACAAAGCAUCAGUAGAUGACGGGGAAGACGACGAUGUGGAGUACGACGAUUUAGAGGACGAAGAGCCUCAUCACAUCUGGCUCGGCGGGAAGACCGCUGUCAAAUUCCUUCUCGCCGGUGGAUUUGCUGGAGCUGUUUCGCGAACAUGUACAGCGCCGUUCGAUAGGCUGAAGAUUUUCUUAAUUACGCGACCACCAGAACUCGGAGGAACCACACUCUCUUCCCAAACACCGAUACGCGGGAUCAAAGCAAUAAUGGGCGCCAUUGCGAGGAUAUAUUCCGAAGGGGGCGUCCUUGCCUUCUGGACGGGCAAUGGUCUCUCCGUAGCGAAGAUCUUACCGGAGUCUGCUAUCAAGUUCCUCACCUAUGAAUCAUCCAAACGCAUGUUCGCUCAAUAUUGGGAUAAAGUGGACGAUCCUCGAGACAUCAGUGGUGUCAGUCGUUUUCUUUCCGGUGGCCUUGGUGGGAUUAGCAGCCAGCUUUCCAUCUAUCCCAUAGAAACGCUCAAGACACAAAUGAUGAGCAGCGCGGGUGGCGAACGCCGAUCGCUGCGGGAAGCCGCCGUCCGAUUAUGGCAACUCGGUGGAUUUCGAGCAUACUACCGUGGUCUGACGAUUGGCCUCGUUGGAGUUUUCCCAUACUCCGCGAUCGACAUGAGUACAUUCGAGGCCCUGAAGCUGGCCUACCUGCGGUCGACAGGCAAGGACGAGCCGGGCGUGCUUGCAUUGUUAGCGUUUGGCAGUGUCUCGGGCAGUGUCGGGGCGACCAGUGUAUACCCACUCAAUCUCGUCAGAACGCGAUUGCAGGCUUCCGGGUCCUCCGGACACCCUGAACGGUACACCGGCAUUAUGGAUGUCGUACAGAAGACGUAUGCCAAAGAUGGCUGGCGCGGCUUCUACCGAGGUCUAUUACCUACAUUAGCAAAGGUGGUGCCUGCAGUGUCAAUAUCGUACGUCGUAUAUGAGUCCAGCAAAUCAAAGCUGGGCGUGUAGUUGCUUUCACUCUGCUGUCGUGUGUUCGGACCCUCUCAUCAAAUUUAGAGCAGUUCGACUAUUAUUAACCUGAAUACCACGCACUGUAUCUUCUACCGCAUUUUAGUUUGGAAUACACUAAUCAAUCAGACUGCCCGGUUGGCGGGGGACUUCGAUCCUUCCUACGGUCGUCUUAAUUACUGGAGUGUCGGGCGACCUACGACAAAAUCAGUAAUUUGUACACAUGUACACACUUCGUUACAUAAGCCAUCAAGUCACAUCUCUUAUGAACGCGUUGCCAAUAUGUAGUCUUAAUCUAC